AUGACAGACGGCCAUAGUGCCCCUCCAGCCGAUGCCCCGGCACCAGCAGCAGCGGCAGACUGCGCUGCUGCACCAGUCCCCGCCGAGGCACGCUCCCAUGCCACCCCUCAUCAAACGGCAACGCACCAUGAGAAGGAUCAUGGCUCCAUUGGACGUGUGACGCCUCGGCCUACGUUCUUGGAACAUCUCGCUACCUCGCGGGAUUCGCAAUUCCAGCUUGAUCGCCGGGAUUCGAGUGAAUUAGAGCGAUACUUUCAUGGCCCCCGGAACAUGGAAAAGCACUCCAAAUGGCCUAUCAUGAUGCGAAUGCACGGUAGUGUCAUGCCGAAAAUGAUCAUGCCGCUUUUGUCUGUCGCUAUUUGGUCGACCGCUAUCACUGUCUUUUCGAAAAAGGUCCAUAAUCUUGGUAUCAACAACAUCCUGCUCACCGUGCUGGGUUUCGUGGUGGGUUUGGCUUUGUCAUUCCGCAGCUCAACUGCAUAUGAAAGAUGGGCAGAUGGGCGCAAAUAUUGGGCCCAGCUCAUUCAGACGUCUCGCAACCUCUCACGUACAAUUUGGAUCAAUACCGGCGAGAGAGAAGGUGAAGAUGGAAAAGAGGACAUCUUGAGAAAACUCUCUGCGAUGAACCUCAUUUUGGCCUUCGCUGUCGCCCUCAAGCACAAGCUCCGCUUCGAACCCGAUAUCGCAUACGAAGAUCUAGCUGGUCUAGCUGGACACCUUGACACUUUUGCCCGUGAUGCCCACGACCGCAUGGUUGUCAAUCCUCCGCCUAAAUCUAUUUGGAAGUCCGCAGGAGAGUACCUCGGUGUGUCCUUCGCCGAGUCAAACCCUCGGAAGUAUGUCAAGCGGUCCAAGAAGCCUCUUGGCCAUUUGCCCCUGGAGAUCCUUAACCAUAUCUCCGCAUACAUCGAUUCAGUUGUAGCCAAUGGUACAAUGGCUUCAACUCUGCACCAGGGACAAGCUAUUACCAUGAUGUCCACCUUAAAUGAGGUUUUGACAGGCACAGAACGUGUCCUCGACACCCCCUUACCUACCGCAUACAGCAUUGCCAUUGCCCAGAUUUCAUGGAUCUACAUCCUGGUACUUCCAUUCCAGCUCUACAAUGUCUUGGAAUGGAUCACUAUCCCAGCAUCAAUUGUGGCUGCCUAUAUCAUCCUCGGCUUGGCUACAAUCGGCAGCGAAAUUGAGAACCCAUUCGGUCAGGAUGUCAACGAUCUUCCACUGGACACCUACUGCCGACAGAUCGCCUUGGAAAUGGAUGUUAUGACUGCCGCUCCCCGACCAACGGUUGAUGACUUCAUGUCACGCGCUGAAAACCUUGUUCUAUUCCCUCUUAGCCAGUUGGGAUACCCUGACUGGAAAGAGCGGACCGUCGAGGAUAUUCGCGGUGCACUUAGAACCAAGGUGGUUGUCAGCCCAUCAACUUCGACGUCAGAUACAUCUACAAUUGUGGAAAACAUCUGCCCCAAGUCCCCUGGGUCAGUCUAA